UGCCCCCCGCUCUCGAAUCUGGGGUGGCAGGAAGGGGCGUGUCAAGGCUCCAGGGCCUGAAUGCGGCGGGUCCAAAAGCCUGGUCGCGGACCGGGGGAGGUCAGGCAGCGUAGGCGAAACGUGGUGGAGACCGCGCUCCUAUUAGCCACUUCGGGUAGUGCAGGGGCGGGGAGGGCUGCUGCAGGCUUUCUUCCAGUUAGUAUCCCGUUGGGGCCACGUGAUCAGAGAGGUCCCGCCCUCACCACCGUCCCCAGCCAGGUGUUCAGUCCUGACCCCAGAACGAUCGGUGUCCCAGCCUCGCGAGCUCGAGGCUCCAGAGGAUCCGCCCUGGGACUCAUGGCGGCGCCGGUCCGCCUGGGCCGGAAACGCCCGCUGCCGGUUUGCCCCAACCCGCUCUUCGUACGCUGGCUGACCGAGUGGCGGGAUGAGGCGGCCAGCAGGGGGCGCCGCACGCGUUUCGUGUUUCAGAAGGCGCUGCGCUCCCUCCGGCGGUACCCGCUGCCCCUGCAAAGCGGGAGGGAAGCUAAGAUACUCCAGCACUUCGGAGAUGGGCUCUGCCGUAUGCUAGACGAGCGGCUGCAGCAGCACCUGGCGUCAGAUAAACCUGCUCCUGGCUCACCACCUGGAGAGAUGCGUCCAGCCCAGAAAGGGCCAUCUGCCCAGGUCCAGGACUCCUCUAUGCCAGUUCUUGCCCAGCCCCAAGCAGGAGGCUCUGGUGGCUACUGGCCAGCUCGGCACUCAGGAGCCCGGGCAGUCCUACUGGAGCUGUACCAGGAACACCUGAAUCCUGCAGGUCACAGCUUCCUAACCAAGGAGGAGCUGCUGCAGAGGUGUGCCCAGAAGGCCCUCAAGGUAGUCCCUGGGAGUGCUCGAACCUGGCCAGCCCUCCGUUCCCUCCUGCACAGGAACCUGGUCCUCAGGACACACCAGCCAGCCAGGUACUCACUGACCCCAGAGGGCUUGGAGCUGGCCCAGAAGUUGGCUGAGUCAGAAAGCCUGAACUUGCUGAAUGUGGGCACUGGACCUGAGAAGCCGUCUGGGGAGGAGUCAGCAGUGCCAGGAGCAGCCUCAGCUGAGCUGGGUGCCAGUGAAGGAGGAGACCAGCAGCCACUGCUGGAGCUGGGGCCUGGAGAGUACAGGGUGCUGUUGUGUGUGGACGUCGGCGAGACCAGGGGGGCAGGGUAUAGGCAAGAGCUGCUGCGAGAGCUACAGCGGAUGCAUGUGGCCCACACGGUUCGCAAGCUGCAUGUUGGGGACUUCGUGUGGGUGGCACAGGAGACCAGGCCCAGAGACCCAGCCAGACCUGGAGAGUUAGUCCUGGACCGCAUCGUGGAGCGCAAGCGCCUAGACGACCUGUGCAGCAGCAUCAUCGAUGGCCGCUUCCGGGAGCAGAAGUUCCGGCUGAAGCGCUGCGGUCUGGGGCACCGGGUGUACCUGGUGGAGGAGCACAGCUCAGUCCACAACCUCAGCCUUCCUGAGAGCACGCUGCUGCAGGCUGUCACCAACACCCAGGUCAUUGAUGGAUUCUUUGUGAAGCGCACAGUAGACAUCAAGGAGUCAGCUGCCUACCUUGCCCUUUUGACACGGGGCCUGGAAAGACUCUACCAGUCCCCUCUUCUUCAGGGCCACACCCUACGCAGCCGUCCCUGGGGAACCCCAGGGGACCCUGAAUCAGGGGCCAGGCCCUCCCCAAACCCACUCUGCUCACUCCUCACCUUCAGUGACUUCAACACAGGAGCCAUCAAGAACAAGGCCCAGUCUGUGCGUGAGGUGUUUGCCCGGCAGCUGAUGCAGGUUCGCGGAGUGAGUGGGGAGAAGGCAGCGGCCCUGGUGGAUCGAUACAGCACCCCUGCCAGCCUCCUGGCUGCCUAUGAUGCCUGUGCCACCCCCAAGGAGCAGGAGAUGCUGCUGAGCACCAUCAAGUGUGGGCGUCUGCAGAGAUAAAAUUAUUUAACAAGGAUUCGCACUGAUGAUUCGAGACCAGUUGUGACUUGAAAGUGGUUGGCAGACUCUGCUUCGAAGCACUCUGUUUGAAAAAGAAAAGCUCUGACGCCAACACCUCAUCAUGCUGGAUGCGGCACGAGGACCGUGGGACUGAGGCCCUCUCUGUUCACUGUGAGCCGAACAUGGACUCCUGCCCCUACAGCUCAUCAGCAGAGAUGGAUUCUCUAACCCCCCGGGCCUCUGCACAAACCUCUCCCACCGUCCCAUUUUUAUGGGUGCAGAAGUUGUGGCCAGAUAGGGAAACCAGUCCCAAGGACUCAAGCCCCAGUGACCAAGUGCUUGUUAGAAUUGCCUUUAACAUCUGUAAUUUGUACCCUGGGAAUGUAGAAUGCCCCCUGGCUUCCCAAAAGUCCUACCUCUUGGGGGUGGGGGCUUUGAGAGGAGAGCCUGGGCAUAAGUACAGUCCAGUCUCUGCUUAGGGCAACCUGGAAUUACAUUUUGGAGUAUGAACGUCAGUUGAGGGGUGGGAGCAGAGGAGAGCCUUACCCUAAUGUAGAAGUCCCCCUGUGAGUUUCCAGCACGAAUCUGAAAGGCAUUGUAGGCGCCAGGAUAGACAGAGGUUGCCUGAAUCUGGAACACAUCUGCUGGCACACUCCGCUCUGAGGUGAUGCUCAUGUAACGGUGCACAAUGGAUGAAGGCUGCUCCCGACACAAGGGAUUGGAGGCAGGACAGAGGCAGCGGCUAGAGACCCCCCAGGUGGGGAAUAUGAAUGAGCUCCUGGUCCAUCCCCCAAAUAUUGCCCAACCCCAAAAGGAGGGACUCCUAAGAGGCUCUACCUACUCCUGAUACAAAACUACAACUUCCAUCAGCCCUCAGGGGCACUCACCAGUCCGGGUUAGAUGCCAGUUUGCCCCACAGCCCUCUGGGAAUUGUAGUUUUUGUGAAGGCAGCACAUUGGAUUUACUUACUUGUCAGAAACCUGGACGUAGGGCUCCAAACAGCGGUUGGUGUCCACACAACGGUAGCCCCCAUGGAAGUUGACACAGGUUUGGGCCUCAGAGCACUGAUGUGCUCCAGACUCACACUCAUCAAUGUCUGUGCCAGGAGAGAGGGGCUAGAAUCAGGGGCUUUAGGUCACCAGCCUGACAUUACAAUGCCCACCCCCCUCGGGGGAACCUGUACCUUGACAGAGGCGUGUGGCCAGCAGCUGGUAGCCCUGCGGGCAGUGGCAGGAGAAGCGGCCUGGUUCAUUGACACAGCGGUACUGGCAGAGGUAACUGGAGUAGCUGCACUCAUCAAUAUCUGAGGGAGGGUGGGGAUGAGGACCCUGUACCAUCCUCAUAAUUGAGUCCCACAAAGGUAUACUGAGAGAGUCCAUCCCCAACUUAGGCUAAGUGUGGGCAGAGAGGAGGGGGCAAGAAGCUCUGCAGAUCUCAAGAGGAGGGUAGAGGGUUCAAAGAAAAAUCUGGGUGUAGCUCUGUGGUAAGAAUUCAGCAUGUGUGAGAUUCUGGGUUCAAUCCCCUGCACCACCAAAAAAGGAAGAAAAGGAAAAAAAAAGAUCUUCCUGCCUCCUGGCUCACAGACCUCUCUUUACUCCAGGACUACAAAAAGACACAAUAAGUGGGGUAAGCCCUGGGAAUCUAGAGGCUUGGGUGUGAAUCCUACUGAUUUGGGGGGAACCUCAGUUUUCCUGUCAAUAAAAUGAGUGGUUCAACAAGUCCUGAGGGGGGUUGGGGUUGAAGCUCAGUGGCAGAGUGUUUGCCUAGCAUGUUUAAGGCACUGAGUUCGAUCCUUGGCACCACAUAAAAAUAAAGGUAUUA